ACCUAGCGUAAAGUACUUAUUGUAGUGAGGGAACUAUUAGUCCGACGCCGUACAGUAUUUCCGGAAAAAACACAAGCAAGGCUAUUUACAGCUUUCACAUCACUUUUGUCAUUAAAAUAUUACAUAUCUUGGAGUGACAACAUAUAGCACUCGAGCAUGAACGUGAACCAGGGCCAGGGGACAGUGGGGAGUGAUCCGGUGAUUCUGGCCACCGCUGGAUAUGACCACACAGUGCGGUUCUGGCAGGCCCACAGCGGCAUCUGCACCAGGACAGUCCAGCACCAGGACUCUCAAGUGAACUCCCUCGAAGUUACUCCCGACAGAAGUAUGAUUGCUGCUGCAGGUUAUCAACACAUCCGUAUGUAUGAUCUAAACUCCAACAACCCAAACCCGGUCAUAAACUAUGAUGGCGUCAGUAAGAACAUUACGUCAGUGGGCUUCCAUGAGGAUGGCCGCUGGAUGUACACAGGAGGAGAGGACUGCAUGGCUCGCAUCUGGGACCUGAGGUCAAGGAACCUGCAAUGCCAGAGGAUCUUUCAGGUCAAUGCUCCCAUCAACUGUGUAUGCCUUCAUCCCAACCAGGCUGAAUUGAUCGUGGGGGACCAGAGCGGUGUGAUCCAUAUCUGGGAUCUGAAGACCGAUCACAAUGAGCAGCUUAUUCCUGAACCAGAAGUGUCCAUCAACUCAGUCCACAUCGACCCAGACGCCAGCUACAUGGCAGCAGUCAAUAGCUCGGGAAACUGUUACGUGUGGAACCUGGCAGGAGGGAUGGGUGACGAGGUGACACAGCUCAUCCCCAAAACCAAGAUCCCCGCUCAUAAGCGCUACUCCCUCCGCUGCAAAUUUAGUCCUGAUUCCACGCUGCUGGCGACCUGCUCGGCGGACCAGACGUGUAAGAUCUGGAGAACAUCUAACUUCUCUCUGAUGACAGAGCUGAGCAUCAAGAGUAACAACCCUGGAGAGACGUCCCGAGGUUGGAUGUGGGACUGUGCCUUCUCUGGAGACUCACAGUACAUUGUAACAGUUCUGACUUGUGCUCCAAUGGAUCGAUGUGAUGAUGUCGCUCUUGCUGCUGCCUCCUCUGACAACCUGGCACGGCUGUGGUGUGUGGAGACUGGUGAGAUCAAGAGGGAGUACAGCGGCCAUCAGAAAGCUGUGGUGUGUCUGGCCUUUAACGACAGCGUACUGGGCUGAGGAGACAGCAGCAGUGGACUCCAGUGGAUGAGAAGGAGCUACACUACAGCGAAGCUCUGUGACUGUGUAUAUAUAUAUAUCCACACACCCGUCUGUGUCUGCUUCCACAAAAGCUUUUGACUUAUCAGGAUAAGAGAGAUGAGAGGCUGUUUUUAUAUUUCUCAUAAGGACCACAUUUUGACAGAUUGGGGAUACAAGGAGGUCUAUGGGCUUGUUUGUGUCUUAUAGCUUGGGCAAGGAGUUUCCUUACCAUGAAAAACUCUGGGCCAUAGCUAGAUUAAUGUAUUUGUGUUCAAUAGCUUAAUCAAAGGUGAAAAACGGAUGGAUAUCUGUAAUGUGGACUAUGUGUGACUGUACAGGAUAUGAUGAAUUCCAGUAAAGACUAACUGGUGUGUAACAUUUA